CACCGGAAAGAAUUCAAGGUUGCACAACGUCGUGUUACAUGACCUAACCAGAGAACGUUUGGUAAGAAACUCUUUGGUUCCACCGUCCAGACGAGUGUGUUCGCAGUAAGAUGCUCAUUCAUCCCGAGAUGUCUACAACAGCAGGACGAGUGUUCGCCGGUCUGACAAGAGUGUCUCUCAGUCGAGGGGUUUUCAUUCACAGCUCCACCGUGAGAGUGAACAGUGUAAGGCCGCUAGCUCUGAGCUCACGGAGGCCAGCCAGGUCCAAGAAGCCCACAGAUGACAGCGAGGUGAAAAGUGAGCCUGUCAAGUUCUCUGCCAGUAAAGCCAGUAACAGCAGUUGGAAAGUGGAUCAAGCCAUGGGGAGCAAGUUUGAGCGGCCCUGGUGGAAAGUCCUCCCCAUCAGCCUGAUUGCCACCGGCCUCCUUCUGUGGUGUGUACUGAGAGGGGAGACGGACUUUGAUGUACUGCUGGAGAAGCAGCUGCAUGAGCAAAUACCUGGCUUGGUUGAAGAGGAAGAGGAGCAGCAAGUCAAUAAGUCGAGUUAACAAAUGUGGAACUUCAGAUGUAUAUACUUUUUUUUUUAUUUAUUAUGAAAUUAUUUUCCACUAUGUUGGGCUCUGGCACUGACUCAUUGUUCUGACCAAACCGUCCACUAUGGAAAUGCAUGCAUUUUUUUUCCUCUCUCAUUGAAAAUUGUUAGACCAUACAUUGCCUUCUGUCAACUUUCAUUCAUCAGAAAAAAGAUUAAAAUUGUUUGAAACCUA